AGUGUUAGUGGAUUUAAAGUUCUAUAGAAACAAAUAACAACAAUUCUGAGAGUAAUUUAUAAUAAUAAUCAUCGGAUUAGUGUCCAGAUAAAAAAGUUAUCACCUGCUAAUUUUUUUCUAAUAUCCGUGUAGAAAAAUCCAAGAUGUCUAAGGCGAUCCCACUUAACGACGGCUUUUACAUUCCUGUUAUUGGUUUAGGAACGUACAAAGUAAGCAAAUUGUGUAUGUUUGAACUGUUAUCAAGUGGUCUUAAGCUCCCUAACCCAGAUGAUGUAGAAAAUAUCGUCAAAUUCGCCAUAGACGCGGGCUACCGUCACUUCGACUGUGCCUGGAUCCACGAAAACGAAGAAGCAGUCGGAAAAGCCAUCAAAGCAAAAAUCAUAGAAAACGUCAUCAAGCGAGAAGACCUUUUCAUCACGACCAAAGUAUGGAACAACUUCCACCGAAGAGAAAAAGUCAUGGAGAAGCUGAAACUUAGCUUGAGGGAAAUGAAGCUCAAUUACGUGGACUUGUACUUAAUCCACUGGCCCAUCGGGUUCAACGAGACUUCCAAGACUGUCCCGUUAGGUGACGGCCCGGGGGCCUACAGCGAUGUCGACUACCUAGAAACGUGGAAAGGGAUGGAAGACUGCCUCUCGUGUGGCUUCACCAGGAGCAUAGGUCUGGCCAACUUCAACAGCGAACAAAUAGAUCGCAUCCUACGCCACGCUAAGUACAAGCCCGUGAUCAACCAGAUCGAAGUACACCCAAAAUUCAGCCAAAAAAAACUAAUACAGUUCUGCAAAGAACGCAAUAUUGUGGUGUCGGCUUACUACCCCUUCGGAGUCGGCGAACAGACUGGCACUACAAGAUUUCCCGAAACCACGGUUUUAGAUGACAACAUUCACAAAAUUGGGCGCAAAUACAACAAAUCUGCGGCUCAAGUCGUUCUGAAUUAUCUUGUUUCUUUAGGGUUGUGCGUUGUGCCUAAGUCUAUAUCGAACCUGAGGAUUAGUGAAUAUAUUAAAAUUUUUGACUUUCAAUUGGAGCCUGAGGAUGUUGUGUAUUUGGAUUCAUGUAACAGGAAUAAUAGGAUAUGCACGAUGAGGGCUUUCAUGGACCACCCGCACUACCCGUUUCGGAUUGAAUAUUAACGAUGUUUAUGAUAGUAAAAACUGAUCUAAAUAAA